AUGGAUUCGACAGGACAGGACAUCGUGUCCACUGCAGUGCGUGCCGUAGAAGGUGUGGCACAUGGCGGCGGUGCUGGUCGUAGGAGACCGCGUCGUGCAGCGUCCAAGAGGGCCGGGGACACGGUCAGCGAGCUGGUUGCUUUGGAAACCGGGAUGGACGCGGAGCUGGGCACCACGGGGGAUGGGGAGUUCGUCAUGAAUGGUGCUGAACCGGAAGACGAUGAUGAGGAAGAGGAAGAGGAGGAGGAGGCUGACGAUAUCGAGAUUGAAGUCAUCGAAGAGGAGAGUGAGGAGGAACAGAGCACCAAGAAGAAGGGGAAACGACUCAAGACACCGCGGGCGAAGAAACCGGCGCAAGCUGCGAAACGCAGUACCAAUAGCCGUGCCUCAUCGGGACCCACAGGGUCCGAACAACGCACUAUAAGAAACCUUAGGGAACUCAGCUCCGUCAGGGACAAACUAGAGAAAGUGUACGGUACCAACGAGCAGAAACUGUUGCAGUUGGCCAAAGUGAAGGAGGGGUUUGAAACGCACCUGUUCGAUUUCCCGAGCAGUAACAUACAGCAGGAUUCCCGCUAUUACCUGGACUUCAAACCGCCAGCAUUCUCAGAGACAGACACGACUCAGAGGCUCUUCCCCACCGGUAGAACAACACAGUACGUUGACAUCACAGAGGAUCAAUUCCAAUCGGAAUUCAAAGUAGAUGCACAACCCGUAGACGUUUUGCUGGGAUCCGUAGCGACAAGUCUCUCCCCAAACGACCAGAAGGAGUUCCCCCUGUUCGAACACUAUAGGAGGGAGGGACUUGUCUACAAUUGUGGCAGUCUCGUGACAGACAUGGCGUGGCUCAAUACUGAGGACGACCGAGUACAGUUCCUCGCAGUGGCCUUGUCACAGUUCUCGAAUAACGCCGCAGAUCGGGGAUUGAAGAUGUUCGGGACCACACCGCACAAAUCCUGUAUACAAAUCCUUCAAUUCGACCCACAGGAACUGCGACUCACCAAAGUUCAAACCAUAUUGCACAACUUCGGGGAUACAUGGAACCUUAAAUGGCACGACGGGUGCUUGGUGAACAACGACACAGCUAUCGGUGUGCUCGGGUUCACCGCACAGGACGGCAGCGUACGGUUUAUACAGAUCCGCAGAGACACGGACGCACUGUACAGGAGAUGCACGGGCACGGACGUGACAAUCUCUCUCGUGGGCUCGUACAUCAGUUGCUUCGACUUCCUCACGCCAACGACAAUCAUCUGCGGGUUUCAAAACGGGUUCGUCGCAGAAUUCGAUCUCUCGGACGACCUCACUGUCCCCUCCUUGUAUCAUAAAGUACUCGAGACGUACAUCAUAUCAAUAGCCGCGGCGACAUCCAAGUUUGAGUCAACCGUUGUCAGCGUCGCAUCCAUCGACGGGUACUUCUCCCUGUUUGAUCCGCGCCACAUCGCCAGUACAAAGUGCGUAGUUGGUAGAUCUAGAGGAUCCAACACAAACCCGCUCGUGUACUCUCCGACAGUGUACACCUACCUGACCAGUGACGGGGGCAACUCGCUUCGCGGUAUACCACCGAAGGCCUCCUUUGCGGUCCACCAAAUAAAUUCAAGGGACUCAACCGUGACCUCCAUAGACGCGUCGAGAUUACACCCGCUGGCAUUGUCCGGUACGGCGGAUGGGUCUCUCUACAUCGAUAAUGUUGCAAGACGGCUUCUAACGGGUGUCAAGAACAUCUCCAACACGCACAGCUCUCUGAAGCUGUGGAAAUGGGACUACGACACGCAUACUGGGCAAUACAGGCUGGAUCACAACUACUCCGUCGAGAAAUGCUCGGUGAACGACCUCAGCAAGAUCCGUAUCGAUGCCCCCGGUAUCGUCAUCGGCGCCGUCAAAUGGAUCCAAACGUCUACCAACGGAAAAGUGUACGCGUUCAGUAACAACGCAGGACUGCUGACCCUGGAGAAAUUACCCAUGGAAUAG